GAGGAUCAUAUUCUUCUGGUUUACUUGAAGUAGCGCGCGUCAAGGUUACCUGGUUUUUCCUUUCUCUGGCUUUGGUCAUACGCGAGCAUUGGCAGCUCUAACCCAAGCGGCAUCAGGGUUUUUUCCUUCUCCGUGGUGCUCUUCGGCCGAGCCUUCAUAUGGGCACAUUCCUUUUGCCCUCGUCAUCCUCUCGCUACUCCAUUCUACUUGAUAGAAUUCUUCAAAAAUCUAGCUUUAGGGUUUUCGCCCCCUUCCGCUUUGAUUUUUCGAACACAAGUCUCCUCCUUUCCGAGCCUCGGCGUCGACGCCUACCUCUUUCCACCAAUCAAGCCGCUCAAUUCUCUCGCCUGGAGGAUGGAGGAAACGGUGUUCCCCCCACUAUUUUCACAGCAAUUUCGGAGGAAGGUCGGAUUGGAGAAGUUAAAAGAGUCACCAAGGAAACAAAUGUCCAUGUAAAGCUGAACUUGGAUGGCUCUGGAAUUGCUGACUGCAGCACAGGGAUCCCAUUUUUAGACCAUAUGCUUGAUCAAUUAGCAUCACAUGGAGUAUUGGAUAUUGUAGUGAGGGCGUCUGGUGACAUUCAUAUUGAUGACCAUCAUACAAAUGAAGACAUUGCACUUGCAAUUGGAACGGUGGCUAAGACUUGUCUUGCCCUUCUUCAGGCACUUGGUGAUAGAAAGGGCAUCAAUCGAUUUGGCCAUUUUGUAGCCCCUCUUGAUGAAGCUGCUGUGGAGAUUAUAUUGGAUUUAUCUGGCCGUCCACAUUUGAGUUGUGAUUUGCAAAUCCCAACAGAGAGAGUUGGGACAUAUGAUACACAGCUUGUUGAACACUUCUUUCAAUCUCUGGUGCACACGUCUGGCAUGACCCUUCAUAUCCAGCAGCGUGCCGGGAAGAACUCGCACCAUAUUAUCGAGGCAACAUUCAAGGCCUUUGCUAGGGCUCUUCGACAGGCGAUAGAGCAUGACGUUCGUCGAAGUGGUAUUGUGCCUAGUACCAAGGGUGUUCUAUCUCGUGCAUAAAUCUUGGCUGGAAUCAAGCAGUAUAUAGAAGUUGCAGGCUUUAUUUAUUUGGCAGCCUGAUCAUCGUCCUUAAAAGGUUCUCAAGGGCUGGUGGGUGACGUUUCUUUGCUGUGAUAAAACUAUAGGCAGAAAUUUCAUGAGAUUGGAGAUGAAAACAGGUGAAAGUUAUGUAUAUGGUGCAGACAAUGCAUGAGGAAUUUGUUAUAGCAUUUUUUGUUAACACUAACAACAAUCAAUCUAAAUGUUUUAUUACUGAAGUAUGAGAGCGUUGUUCUGUUU